GAAUUUCAACGAAAGAGCUAGAUCCUGAGUCCAACAUCGAGGAACGCAGAGAUGCCGAAAUAGCCAAUGAAAGGUCUUGGGAAGAUGUGGACCAUACUGAACAGGACCUGGAGGUUGAGAAGGCACUAUGA